UUGACUUGCGAAGGUGGCGCGCGGGUGAAUUAAACUAACUGCGAAAAUAAAUGGCGCGAACUUACUAAUAUUUACGACAAAUCAAAACAAAUCUAAUACGUAAAAUGCAACGACUCAGUGCAUUUAAAAUGUGUUCGUGUGUGCUAAAGUGAAACAGAAGAUAGAGCUGAAAAAAGUGCAACAACAACUGUUUUUGUACGCCUGUGUGUUUUGUGUGUGGGAAUAAGUCGCCACUAGAAAGCGAAAUCCAAAAAGAAAUUGCCGCUAUGACGCGCGAAGAAGAGGAGGAGGUGCGAUCCCUGCUGUCCCGGCACCAGGAGCGGAUUAUGCUUGAUCUGGGGAGCACAGAUCUCCUGGCCGUGCUCGUUAAGAACUCGGUGCUUAGCCAAUCCGAAGAGGAUCUCCUGCUGAAGCCCUAUGCUGCCGCUGUACUUCCAGCCACCACCCAGGAGCCCCCAGGCAGUGCUCCAUCCAGCGUGGGCGCCUUGACCAAGCGGAAGCUCAGCGCCGUGGCCAGCAGUGGAAGUUCCACAAGUGCCAGCGGAAGUGGAAGUGGCUGUGGUACUGGUGGAGAGUACAGUGCCGGUUCUUUGGCCGGUUCGGGGUCCUCCCGCUGUGCCAGUGUGAAUGGUGAUGCCCAGAGCGACAAUCGCUCGCUGACACCCUCUGUUGGGGGCGGUGGUGGGGCCUGUGUGGGGCUGAACGAUGCGGAGAUCCUUCGGUUGCAGUGCGCCAAUCUCAUAGAGAUUAUAGCCAAGAACGGAUUCGAGAAAUUCAAGCAGUUUUGCUACGCCAUCGAGUGCGAGUGCCCGCAGCUGAUCGAGGAUUUAAUAAAUGAUCGUCUCAAGAGUGAUGCUGCCAACGCGGAAGCAGCGCAGAACAGUACCGCCGAGGGAAAACUACAAAAAGAAAUCGAAUCGAUCGAUUACAUUGACAAGGAAAAGGAAAACGAUCGCAAUCGCCGGGCUGUCAGCUAUGGUGGUGGCGACAUACCAUCCGCUAUACAAUCGGCAACAAUUCCUCGAGCCGCCCCGCGUCGGGUGGCUCUGAUGAAGGAACCCCCACCACCGCCGCCACCGAAGCCUCAGCUGUCAUCGAAGACCUCGCUGCAGUCCACGGACUCGUCGACCACGUGUCUGGCCAACAGCAAGUAUCCCCAGUCCGAGUACAAUCUCAUCCAGAAGAUCGACUCGAACAGUACUCUAACGGCACCGGCUCAGUAUCAGCCGCAGAAUUUCUAUGCCAACACUGGGACCAUCUCCUCCACCAAUGGGUAUGGAUCGCUGUUGUGUCAUGCCAGCUCUACGGCCAGUCCGUUGGCUGUACGGAAAAGGGACAAACUGCUGCAUCGAUUCAGCGAUGCUGCCACAUUGGGACGCAAGCUCAAGAAAAAGAAGAACACUAAUCGCACAUGCAGAUCCAUGACGGAGGCCAUUGAGAUGCUGGCCGAUCCGGUCAUAGAGGAUGAGUUUUUUGGUGAUCGCACCACAUGGGAAUAUCACACUGUUUCGGUGACCCGAGUCCCUGGCUAUGGCUUUGGCAUUGCCGUUUCCGGUGGACGUGAUAAUCCCCAUUUUGCCAACGGUGAUCCCUCGAUAGCUGUGAGCGAUGUGCUCAAAGGUGGCCCCGCCGAGGAUCGUUUGCAAGUCAACGAUCGCAUCAUUUCGGUGAAUGGCGUCUCCCUGGAGAAUGUGGAGUAUGCCACAGCGGUGCAGGUGCUUCGGGACAGUGGCAACACAGUGACACUGGUGGUGAAGAGACGCGUGCCGCUGAACACAGUCAACACGGGUCUCCCCGGAGGCGUGCAGCACCAGCACCAGCAUUCUCACAGCCUCAGCUCCGUGGGGCAGCUGGUGGCCAAUGGCAAUGGCGUAGGAGUCCUGCCUGGUGGUGGUCAGCCGAGCGGCGCUGUCAUGUCCAGCCUGAGUCAGCCCAACUCCCUGAACUCCUCGCUGGUGCAGAAUGCCAGCGGGGGGCAGCCGAUCAAGGUCACCCUCACUAAGGGCAACAAGAAGGACGACUACGGAGUGGUUCUGGGCUGUCGGCUGUUCGUCAAGGAGAUCUCCUCGAAGGCUCGGGAGCAGCUGAACGCCAAUGGCUACAGUCUGCAGGAGGGCGACAUUAUUACGCGCAUCCACAACACCAACUGCGGGGACACGAUGAGCCUCAAGGAGGCCAAAAAGAUCAUCGACGGCUGCAAGGAGCGCCUCAAUCUCGUGGUGCUGCGCGACAUCACCAACCAGGCGGCCGUUAGCCAAAUGAAUCUGAACAAUUCGGGCCACCACCAGCAGACCAGCAGCAACAUCUAUGCGAGCCACCAGGCUCAGGUCUCUGGCUGCAGCAACAACCUGGAGGAUGCCUAUCUGCCGGGCGGGGCCAGCUACUCGUCCCAGAAUCUCUAUGUGCAGCCCCCGACACGCACUUCGAACGGACCCAGCCUCAAUGGCAACGGCGUCCUCAACGAGGAGAAGAGCAAUCUCACGCCGCGUGGCCGCUCCCGAGGACCCCUAAUGGAUGGAGUGUCCCUGCAGCAGCUGGACCGACCCGUCAGCCCUACCAAUGGGGGCAGGGGCCGGAGUGGCGUGGAAGAACCGCCACGUCCGCCGCCACCACGCGGCACCAGUGGCGGUGCAGCCCAGGAGGACUUUUACAGCUCGAGGCGACAGCUCUACGAGGAGCGCCAGAGCGCCGAGCCACGAUUCAUCUCAUUCCAGAAGGAGGGCAGUGUGGGCAUACGUCUCACCGGCGGCAACGAGGCAGGCAUCUUUGUGACAGCUGUACAGCCGGGAUCACCCGCAUCCCUGCAGGGUCUGAUGCCCGGCGACAAGAUCCUCAAGGUGAACGACAUGGACAUGAAUGGUGUGACCCGCGAGGAGGCUGUGCUCUUCCUGCUCAGUCUGCAGGAUCGCAUCGAUCUGAUUGUGCAGUACUGCAAGGAGGAGUACGACGAGGUGGUCACAAAUCAGCGCGGCGACUCGUUCCACAUCAAGACCCACUUCCACUGCGAUAAUCCUUCCAAAGGCGAGAUGGCUUUCAAAGCGGGCGACGUAUUCCGAGUGAUUGACACGCUCCACAAUGGAGUGGUUGGCUCCUGGCAGGUUCUCAAGAUAGGCAGAGGUCACCAGGAGAUGCAGCGCGGUGUGAUACCCAAUAAAUCGAGGGCCGAAGAGCUGGCCACGGCGCAGUUUAAUGCCACCAAAAAGGAGAUGAAUGCGAACGAAUCACGUGGCAAUUUCUUCCGACGACGACGAUCCACUCAUCGCCGCUCGAAGAGUCUUUCCCGCGAGAACUGGGACGAUGUGGUCUUCUCCGACAGUAUUUCCAAGUUCCCCGCCUACGAACGUGUGGUGCUCCGACAUCCUGGAUUUGUGCGCCCCGUCGUACUCUUUGGCCCCGUCUCCGAUCUGGCCAGGGAGCGUCUGGCCAAGGAUUUCCCCGACAAGUUCUCCACACCGCUGCAGGACGACGACAAGUCCGCCACCAGCGGCAAGUGCCGCAUUGUGCGGCUCUCGAAUAUACGCGAUGUGAUGGAUCGCGGCAAGCAUGCCCUGCUGGACAUCACUCCGAAUGCCGUCGAUCGUCUCAAUUAUGCACAAUUCUAUCCCGUGGUCAUAUUCCUGAAGACCGACAGCAAGCAUGUCAUCAAGCAGCUGCGCCACGGCCUGCCCAAGGCCGCCCACAAGAGCUCCAAGAAGCUGCUGGAGCAGUGCCAGAAGCUGGAGCGCGUCUGGUCGCACAUCUUCAGCACUCAGAUUGUGCUGAACGAUGAGGAGUCGUGGUAUCGCAAGCUACGCGACUCGAUCGAUCUGCAGCAAAGCGGUGCCGUCUGGAUGUCCGAGUCUAAGCCCGUAGAAUCCCUCUCCGAUGAUUUCCUAUUCCCCAUGACCACAUCCCGUCUAUCGUAUGCAUCAAGUCCCGAAUCUGAUUUGGAACUGAGUCCGGGCCCAUCCGCAUCAUUGUCGCUUGGCAAUUUGCCGCAGUUGGUGAAAGCGAGCUCAGAUCCAUCGAUUGCCACUAAUCAGGAUAACUUGGAUAGGGAUAGAGACAUAAUUGGUGAAGGACUACCACCUCCAUAUACGGUACCCUACGAUCAUGGUGUUCCAGGGAACCCAGCCAAUCGACGCCAAACAGUUGAUGCCAGCAAGUACGCGAUCUACGGCACCAGUGUGCCACAGCAGCAGCAGCAGCCAGGAGGAGAUCCUGCCACAGCAAGACCACAGUCCCUCUAUGGCAUCAAUGCACCCGAUCUGCCACCACGCAUCGAUCGUCAGUCCAAGCCCGGAGAUCUUCCACUAAACACUUCGGGCUCCUCAUCGCGCAAUGGCAGCUCGGGCGGCACUCUGGGCCGAUCCGCACAGGAGCGUCUGUUCGGCAAGCCAGUGGUCCAGGACGAUGUCCAGGCGGAGUACAUAACCCGCAAUGCCCUGGUCGGAUCUGGGUCCACUGCCGAUACCAUUGAACGCCAGCAGCAACAACAACAGCAGCAGCAGCACCAAGCCUCUUUGGAGCGACAGGCACGCAUGAACGCGGCCAUGGGCAGUCCCGCCCAGCUGAAAGCCAACGGUGGUGGUGCCUCCACCUAUGACAGUGUGUCCAGCUACGAUUCGUACAACAAUACGCAGAUGGCAAUGCAGAACCUGGGCAGAUUGGGUCCCAAUGCGCCCGACGAUCUCAAAUCAGUGCCAAAUGCAAGUGGUCGUCCCUUGCCGCCUGUUGGCCAAUCGCAUGAUUAUGGCCGCACACCUCACGAUCACCGCAGCUUUGGAGGUGCCAACGAUCUGAAUCGCCAGAGCAGUCCAGGCAGACCUCAUUAUCAUGAAAUGAAUGCGUCCCGUAAUAUAGAUCCACGCAAUGGCACACCACAGCGACCCUCGAAUUUGGGGCUGGAAGGUAGUCCCCGCAAGCCUUUGGUGGAGACCAAAACGGAUUACGGCAAAUACAGUCGGAACAAUUCCGUUUCUCAAGCGGACUACAGCAAACUGCCGAAGAGUGUGCCGCCGCCGCAGCAUGGCGGAGUGGGGGUGCCACCACCGACUGUGACCAAUGGCCAGACACCGGGUGGACAGAUGAACGGCAGCGGUACGCCGAGCAGCAAUGGCAGUGGACCCUUCAAGCCAGUGCCGCCACCAAAGCCGAAGAACUAUCGUCCGCCCGUGCAGAGCGGUGGCAGCAGUGGCAGCGGUGGCACCACACCCUGGGAGAACGGCGACUCUGGUUCGCCACGUUCCCCCAAUGGCUUCUACUAUCCGCCAACACCAUCGCACCACCAUUAUGGACAGCAGGCGACACCGGGCUCGCCCAGCAAUGGACACAUGCAACAGCAGCAGCAGCAGCAGGCACAGCAGCAGCCCACCUAUGGCGGCAGCAAUGGCAACUACGGGCAGGCGCCACCACCGCAGCCGUAUCCGCCGGCCAAUGGCUAUAAUGGGAACAGUCAUCAUUACAAUGGAGGCAGCGGAACGGGCCCGUACAUAGCACCACAUCGUGGCAUGCCACCGCCCAUAGGAAACCUGCCACCGCACACACCCGAACGACAUGCCCUGGAUCUGGCCGGAAGUCGGGAGCAGCGUGGUUCCGCCUUUGAGCUGUAUCGUAAGCCGCAAAUCGGCGCCACCGCAGGGCACCAUCACAAUAUGAGCGAAAUGGAGCCGUACGAUGAGCGAUACGAUGAUUACUAUGCCAUGCCGCCGCCAGCACCGCACCCACAGUCGGUGGGUGGUCAUUCCAUGCAAAGAUCCCGAUCAGCGCCACGCUAUCCCCAUGAGAGGCCACCACAUGCCCAAGAUCCCAACUAUUAUAGCCACUAUGGAACGAGCAGAGGCCACAGUCAGCCCCGACAGCAGCAGCAGCAGCAUCCCCAUUCCCAGCAGUAUCCUCCGCAACAGCAGUAUUACGAUGAUCAUGGCAUGGAGAUGCCCAUGGCACCGCCGCCAUUGCCGCCGCACAAGAAGAAGAAAUCCGUGCUAAAGAGUCCUUUAGCGGCACUGAAGAAUGCCCUGCUGAAGACCACGCGGCCACUGAGGAGAAUGAACAGCAUGGUGGAGCCAGAACGGAAGCCCAAGGGAUUGCGGCGACAGCAAUCGAUGCUGGAGAGGGGUGUACAGAGGCCCUACUAUCCAGAUGAAUUCCCCACCUAUCCGGCUGGGUUCGAGGAGCAAUCACGUCGUGGCAUGAUGCCACCUCACCAUCAGGAUCCUUAUUACGCGGGGCACUAUCCACCGCAGCAGCAGCAGCAGCAGGAGAUGAUGAACAGCACCUAUCAGAAUCUGGAGAGUGAGGAUAUCUAUGGGAAUAUUGGAGGGACAGGGCAGCGCAUGCCACAUCCACAGGAUAAUGGCUAUGGGUACGAUCAGUACGAUCUGUAUGCGAAUAGAGCGUGCAUCGAUCUCGAGCGCAGGCAGGCGGAGGCUGCGGCAGCUGCAGCGGCGGGAGGCAGAAACGGAGGCCGAAGGAUUGUGCGUCGCCACAGCACCACCACAGCGGAUCGAGGAGGUAACCAGCCGCCCAACAGGCGACCCAUGGUCAAUACAGGCUACGAGCAGGAUCCACAAGACAUUUAUCAGACACGACAAGGAGCCUACAUGAUGCCCGACCAGAGGCGAGCGCCCAACUCUGAGGUGAUGACCCGCAGACGGUUUUAUCCGGGUGCAGCCAACGAGCAGACCGAGGAGGAGCCGCUCUACCAGUCCCGCCGCGAGAUGCAGCGCGAAAUGCAGCGCAAUCAUCUGUACCAGUCGAAGCGGGAGAUGCAGGAGCGCAUCAGUCAGGGAAAGCGGGACAUGGAGCGAGAGUUCAGUCCACAGAGCAGCAGCCAGUCGGAGCGGGACGAUCGCUCGGAGCGAUCCAAUUCGGAGAGCAUUUACCAGAGCCGUCGGGAGGCCAAGGAGAGCGCCCUGAAGACGCGCACUCAGCUGAGGGAUCAGAUCUAUCAGACGCGUCGCGAGGCCCUCGACAGCAUGGCAGAGCCCAUUUAUGUGUCCAAAAGAGACGUGGGCAGACCGGCACCCAUCUAUGAGUCGCGCGAGGAGAGCAUCCUGCAAUCGCGCGAGAAUGAGACCGAUGAGAAGAAGGAGGGCAAGACGGAGCAGGUGCAGGUGGAGAUCAAUGCACAGCCGGAGGAGCACACAGAGGACUCGACUCUGAGUCGUUCGGACUUGCAAAAGUCCUCGGACACGGUCAUAGAGAACCCAGCAGCAAGAGCCCCACUCGUGGAAGAUGAGAUCGAAGAGCAUGACCAGGACGAGGAGGAUGAAAAGGAAUCGUCAGGAGUCGAAGCCGAAGCUGAAGCCGAAGCAGAGAGCUCCGCGGAAGCCACAGAGGAGGCGACAGCCAUUGAGCAUAACCAGCACAAUGAGGGCAUGCUGGCGAACGAGACCCAGAAUGUGUCCGAUGAUGUGUUCGAGGCGACCGACACGGUAUCAGCCCUGGCCCCGCCACCAGCUCCCAACCAUCCGUUGACACCUCGCUCGGGUCGUGCUCCCUUCCACAUUUCGAAUAUACUGAAGCGCACAGCGCCUCCGCCCAGCUCUCCCAUUGGGGACAGCUGCACCUCCAUCGAGACCCAGUACACCUCGCAGGCCAGCCUGCCCGUUGGCCCGCCGAAUGCCACGAGCACUCCCUUCAGCAGCAGCAUGUCCCUGCCGAUAGCCGGACCCGUGCCCACAUCCGCCCCAGCUGCUGCCUCGUCCACGAACGGACCCUUUCCCAGUAUGCCCCGAGAGCCGAGCACCAUGCGGGGAUUCUUUGAUUCCAAUGGUGGCACCCUGGCCGACAAGGUGUGGCAUGUCUCACUGCAGAUCCCGCCCGGAGCCAUUCCCGCUGGAGUGCGCCAGGAGAUCUACUUUACAGUGAGCGAUCCGCGAUUGGGACAGGCCGUCGGCGGACCUCCGCUGGACAUGGAAAAUGGUGAGACGAUGCUAUCACCCCUUGUGAUGUGCGGGCCGCAGGGCCUUGAGUUUAUGGUUCCGGUUACACUCAAUAUACCGCACUGUGCCGGACGCACAGCAUCUCUGGGCCUGGCCCUGAAGGCGACCGACAGCGAGAAGAACCUGCACACCGAGUGGGACAACAUUGAUCUGCCCAGCAAUGCUGCUGCCCACACGGUCUCCGUCAAGGUGGAUCACUUCUAAUCGGCUACGGCCUUCGGGCUGCAUUAAGUUUCAUAGCAUAACCACUCAUCCAUACCAGAACACCAACUUAGCAAAAA